UGUUUUAUUGAGCUCUUUCAUGUUGCAAGCAUUGUAAUGCUGUAGGUGCUGGAGGGGAGCAGGGUCCAUAAAGAUGUCCGGGGAAUUGCCACUGAACAUUAACAUCAAGGAGCCCCGAUGGGAUCAAAGCACUUUCAUGGGACGAGCCAGUCAUUUCUUCACCGUGACUGAUCCCAGAAAUAUUCUGUUAACAAACGAACAACUUGAGAAUGCCAGAAAAAUAAUUCAUGAUUACAGACAAGGAGUUGUUCCUCCAGGUCUUACAGAAAAUGAAUUAUGGCGAGCAAAAUACAUAUACGAUUCUGCUUUUCAUCCGGACACCGGUGAAAAGAUGAUUUUGAUCGGAAGGAUGUCAGCCCAGGUUCCGAUGAACAUGACCAUCACGGGCUGCAUGAUGACGUUUUAUAGGACCACUCCAGCUGUGCUGUUCUGGCAGUGGAUUAACCAGUCCUUCAAUGCUGUCGUUAAUUAUACCAACAGAAGUGGAGACGCCCCACUCACUGUGAAAGAGUUGGGAACAGCUUAUGUUUCUGCAACAACUGGUGCCGUGGCAACAGCUCUAGGACUUAAUGCAUUAACCAAGCAUGUCUCACCACUGAUAGGCCGUUUUGUUCCCUUUGCUGCUGUAGCUGCUGCUAAUUGCAUUAAUAUUCCAUUAAUGAGGCAAAGGGAACUCAGAGUUGGCAUUCCUGUCACUGAUGAAAAUGGGAACCGCUUGGGGGAAUCAGCAAACGCUGCCAAGCAGGCCAUCGCACAAGUCGUCAUCUCCAGGAUUCUCAUGGCAGCGCCUGGCAUGGCCAUCCCUCCUUUUAUCAUGAAUGCUUUGGAGAAGAAAGCCUUUUUGAAGAGGUUCCCGUGGAUGAGUGCACCUAUACAGGUUGGAUUAGUUGGCUUCUGUUUGGUGUUUGCCACCCCACUGUGUUGUGCUCUGUUUCCUCAGAAAAGCUCUAUGUCUGUGAUGAGCUUGGAGGCUGAGUUGCAAGCCAAGAUUCAGGAAAGUCAGCCUGAAUUACGACAUGUGUACUUCAACAAAGGACUGUGAAGUAGGGGAAGAAAUCUGGAUGGCUGAUCCUGCCACCUGCAAACCCCGCACAGCUACGUCCACGAGGAAAACCUGGUUGAAUCUGGAGUCUCUGAGUUUAAAAAGAAGAAACUCCUUCGGAGAUUCACAUUAGCUUUUAGAAUAAAGCUGCUGCUUACAACAUAGCACCUGGUACGGGCCAGGUGCCUGGCGCCUGUUGGCUCCCGUCCACCGAAUCAUUGUGAUUUAUAGAAGUUUCCUUCCCAUUGCUUUUAUGGUAACUGUUUUUCAAAGAUGAUAUCCCAUUCCUGAGCUAUGGUUUGAAAAAGUUCUUCUAGGUAUACAGUAGGUGCUCAGCAUAUGCUCCUCAGUAAAUACCUAUUGAUCAUCAGUCAGUAAGCAGGUUAUCAGCUCAAAGUAAUGAGCCUCAUUCCUACUUCUGUUUCAAAUCAAGGAGGUCUCCACAGUGAAUGUGGAAAAUGCAAAAGCCCUAGGACCAAAUGUAAACAUUUAAUUACCAGGGGAAACUGCUUGUGCUGUGGGCUAUCCCAGAGUAGAUACUGAAGGUUUUCCUUUGGUAGAGCAAAAGCUCCUUCGUAUCCUCCUGGAAGUCAUGAUCUUAAACCCAUGCACCUUCCCUGCUGUCAACAAUUGAAAGCAUCUGUAUUGUUGGUGGAUUUUCCUGGUUGGCUUUUAAACUUUUUGUUUAUAUUCUUUUAAAGGUGUUAAAUCUUACCCUGAAGUUACUGACGUUAUAUUUGGUUAUUUCCAUCAAAGAAUCACGUUACCUAAAUUUACAAAUGUCAAAUUUUAGAAGUGUAUUCAGUAAUACUGCUGUGCGACUUGAAUAAAUCUGGGAUGCUGGAGUUUUUAGAAGUGAGAUCACAGUUCUAGUUCCCGACAUGUCUUUCCUUGUCAGCCUUAUAUAUCUCCUUGGCUUUCAGAAAGAUACAAAAAUAAUAUGUCUGUGAAUCAGCAACAGUGAAUUUUACUUGAAUGUUGUAUAUUACAUUCCACCCGGUUUGGAAAUAAUGAAACCAUGUACCACUAUCUGCAUCACUAUAAUAAUUUUACAUAUAUUUAAUGUAACAGAUUGUUUCAGGUCUAUAGAUCUUCUAAGUCAUAUGCAAGGCAGUUUCGCUGAGUGUAGAUCAUUGUAAUUCAUAGAUUUGUAAGUGAAAAAAAAAAAAAAAAAAGAAACUAUUUAGUUUUGAUGGAUGGUGUUCCCUCCCUAACAAUGUGUCCAGACUGAAUUUCCUCAUAAAGAAAAACUGGUGUGCCUUGUGUGUUGUGUUUCUCUUUUUCUCUGAAAGGAUUAAUGGAUCUGAAGCUCAGAAACUCCCCUGAUACCACUAGAAUCUUCUCAUUUAGAUUUGCUGUCAAACCAUUGAAAUGGCUUCCCCAUGACAUUCUGGCCUUGGAUGCAAUUUGUUACCUUCAGUGCUUCUCUUUAAAAGAAAAGAUGGUUAAAAGCCUGAAAUCCAACGCUGAUCUCUAAAAGGUGCUUUAGGAGCACUUUCAGUAAAAAGCAAACAUUUUUCCAGCUAGCAAGUCCACUCAGCUACUCACUGUCCUUCCCCCUAAUUCAUUUGUAACUCCACAUCAGAAUAUUAACCAUAAUGUGAAAAUUUAAUGACUGGUAGGAAGAUUGGCAAAUUCACUAAAAUUUUACACACACUGGGAAGAUACAACCAAAGCCUAGAAUUAAAGGCAUAGUGAUCAUAAAAGCGUGUCUUUUGAAACGUGUAUGGAAGCUUCAGUCUCUUAAUGCUUUUCUAUAGAAAUAUUAACUAUAUUGUUUUAUUAAAAAGAACAAAUGAACAAGGAUUUGCAAUCUUUGCUGAUCUUUUAGGAAUAACUUUUCUGGAG